UAGAAUGACGUAAUAUAAUAUUUUAUUCCAGAGAAAUCUUAGCAAUGGAAACUGCCAGCAAAAGGCUAGGAAUGCUUAAAAACCAUAUCGCUAGUAAUAGGGUAGAUGAAAGCAGUGGAAAAAUGCAUGUAGAUAUUAAAAAGGAGACUCGUACAGCAAUUCUUACUUGGGAUUUUCCAGCAACUUUAAAUGCACUUAGCAUUGAAACCUUGACACCAUUAAUAGAAAAGUUAAAUGAGUUCGAAUCGGACAUGGAUAUCGGUUGUGUAGUACUGACUGGCUCUAACAAUACCUUCUCAGCUGGAGCAAAUAUCUCUGGCUUCCAAGACGACUUCGGAUACACCGGAGCUGUCAAAUUUAAGUCUUCUCUCAUGAAAGACUGGGCCAGGCCAAUCCAAGAAUUCAGCAAACCAAUUAUUGCCUGUGUCAAUGGCUACUGCUUUGGUGGAGGCCUCGAAGUUGCCAUGAUGUGCGACAUCAUUGUGGCAUCAGACAAAGCUUUGUUCGGACUUCCUGAGAUCAAGCUAGGUCUGAUCCCAGGUGCAGGUGGCACUCAGUCACUCAUUAGAAGCGUAGGCAAGUCUAAAGCCAUGGAAAUGAUUUUGACUGGCGCCACCAUUUCAGCCGAAGAAGCUCACAGAGUGUCUCUUGCAAGCAGAGUGGUCCCACACGACAAACUCAUGGAAGAGACUCUGAAGCUCGCUAAGAAAAUAUCGAAGCAGUCGCUACCAGCAGUGGCUUCAGCAAAGAAAUGAGUAAGGUAUGCCCACGAAAGCACUUUGUCGCAGGGAAUUGACUACGAAAGAGCCAUGUUCAACGCUUUGACGGGAACCGAGGAUGUCGUGGAGGGAGUGACAGCGUUCUUGUCAAAGAGGAAGCCAAAGUGGCAGCAUAAGUAAUGGAAAGGAUGCCAUAGAUUUUCAUAUCUUUAACCU